AGUGCAGUACUCGGAACGUUGUCGUCAUGACGUAAGACGUAUGAAAGUGCGUAGUGACGUGACGGUUGCUGGUCGACAGUUUUCCCUCCUCGUUGACAAAGCUAUCCGGCUAACGCCGAUGUUUAGCUAAAGAUACUUUUAUCGUUUAACAUUUUGGACUUCGUGGCGUCAACACAGUUGGAGGGAGGUCGACAAAGAACCGAACAUCCAUAACAACGUUGUUAAAGAAGACUUAUGCGGUCCCGCUAGCAAGAUGUUCAACAAGUCAUUUGGAACUCCCUUCGGUGGAGGGACAGGGGGGUUUGGCACAGCAUCGACCUUUGGACAGCAAAACGCAGGUUUUGGGGCGACGGGAGGCUUUGGGACAACUGCGUUCGGAGCCACCGCCAACACUGGAGGACUGUUUGGUACCACACAGAAUAAGCCUGGCGGUCUGUUUGGGUCCAGUACAUUCAGCCAGCCGGCAACUUCUGCCCCCACCACCGGCUUUGGUUUUGGUGCAGCGACUGGCACUUCCACCGGCCUGUUUGGCAACACCGGAACGGGCACCAGCGGCGGACUCUUCUCCCAGCAGAACAAUGCUUUCGGUGCCAAUAAGCCCACCUCGUUUGGAAAAGUCUCCCUCCCAUCGUGUCCUCCAGGCUUUGGGACGAGCACCAGCAGUGGAGGACUGUUUGGGUCGACCAACACCACCUCCAACCCGUUCGGUGGAGGUGGUGUUGCUUCCCUGUUCGGAAGCUCAGGGUUCACCGCCGCUCAGCAGCAGCCAGGAACAACCGUAAAAUUCAAUCCUCCAACAGGAAGUGACACAAUGGUAAAAGCAGGCGUGACCACGAGCAUCAACACCAAGCACCAGUGCAUCACAGCCAUGAAGGAAUAUGAGAACAAAUCCCUGGAGGAGUUGAGGCUGGAGGACUACCAGGCGGGCAGGAAGGGUCCAACCAACCCGAUGGCUGCGCCGACGGGCGGUCUGUUCGGUGCUGCCACGGCGACGUCCAGUGCCGCCACUGGCCUGUUCGGCGCCGCUGCCCCCAACACCAACUUCUCCUUUGGGCAGAACAAGAGCACCUUUGGUGCAGCAGCACCUGCUGGCGGUUUCGGUGCAACCACAGGCGGUCUGUUUGGUCAGCAGCAGCCACCGCAACAAGCCAGCAGCCUCUUCAAGCCGUUCGGUCAGGCCACCACCACACAGAGCACCGGCUUCUCCUUCGGCAACACCAACACGAUGGGACAGGCCAACGCCAGCAGCAUAGGUUUGUUUGGGAACACGCCGGCGCCGCAGACGGGUGGGUUGUUUGGCGCAGCUCAGACGAGCGCCGCCACUGGCGGCUUUGGGACGGGCACCGGGUUGUUCGGCGCGAACAACACUGGAUUCGGAGCUGUUGGCACACAGAGUUUAUUCGGUAAUAAGACAGCCGGGUUUGGCACCACCACCACAAGCACCCCCUCCUUUGGCACCGGCACCGGGCUGUUUGGCAACAAACCCGCCCUCACGCUGGGGACGGGAACCAACACCUCCACCUUCGGUUUUGGUGCAAACCCUGCUGCCGGGAGUCUUUUUGGGAACAAGCCGGCCACCGGAGGACUGGGGGCUGCACUGGGAACCAGCUUCGGAGCAGCAGUGGGCGCAGGACAGACGUCGCUGUUUGGGAAUACCCAAGGUAAACUGGGUACCACACUGGGAACGAUGGGAACGUUCGGAGGGGCCGGAUUCAACAGCGGAACCAGCCUGGGCUUCGGACCUCCACAGCAGCCAGUCGCGCUCACGGAUCCGAACGGGGCGGCCGCCCAACAAGCCAUGCUUCAGCAGCAGCUCAGCAAUCUGGCGUACUCGCCGUACGGAGACUCGCCGCUGUUCAGAAACCCACUGUCAGACCCCAAGAAGAAAGAGGAGCGUCUGAAACCAACCAAUCCAACGGCCCAGAAGGCUCUGACCACGCCCACCCACUACAAGCUGACCCCUCGACCUGCGACCAGAGUCCGCCCCAAAGCGCUGACGUCAUCAGGGGCCUCCAAGUCGCAGCUCUUUGACGGCCUGGACGAUGACGAGCCCUCGCUCACCAACGGAGCCUUCAUUCCCAGGAAGAGCAUCAAGAAACUUGUGCUGAAGAACCUCAACAGCAGCCAGUACAGCAGUCCAAUCAACAAAGAGACCGACGACCUCGCUUCACCUCCAGAGUAUCCACAGAACGGACACAGCAGUCAUAUGGAGGAGGAGGAGGAGAUGCCCGGUCCCAGCAGCCGGACAGACGACGACCCAGAGGUCACCCAGUUCUACGUCAACCCCAUCGCCAAGCCGAUCCCGCAGGGCCGCAUCCAGACCAGCCUGCAGGACACCAUCAGCGACCUCAACAUGCACAAACCGGUCAGGAACGGACUGGAGCUGAGCAGCGAGGACGUGUCGGCGUCUCUGGGAGACGAGUCUCUGCGAGACGAGUCUCUGCAGGAGGACAGAGAGGAGGAGCAGCAGGAGUCUCUACAGUCUCCUCACCCAGCAGGGAUCGUUCUGAACCGUGUUGGUUAUUACACCAUCCCCUCCAUGGAGGAUCUGGCUGAGAUGGUGGAUGAAAACGGAAAAUGUGUAGUGGACAACUUCACCAUUGGCAGAAAAGGCUACGGCUCCAUCUUCUUCCCCGGUGAGGUGAACGUGACGGGACUGAACCUCGACGAGAUCGUCCACUUCAGACGCAAAGAAGUCAUCGUGUACCCGGACGACAAAACCAAGCCUCCACAGGGGGAGGGGCUAAACAGGCGAGCAGAGGUGACUCUGGACGGCGUUUGGCCAAACGACAAGACGGCCUGCACUCAGAUCAGGAGCCCCGAGCGCCUGACGGAGAUGAACUACGAGGGUCGGCUGGAGAAAGCCUCGCGUAAACAGGGAGCCCGUUUCCUGGAGUACAGAACUGAGACCGGAUCCUGGGUGUUCGAGGUCGCCCAUUUCUCCAAAUACGGCCUCCAGGACUCUGACGAGGAAGACGAUGUCCCGCCCAAAGCCGACCCCAAGAAGCUGAAGACGAUGAUGACACUUCCUCCCUCCAGGCUGCAGCAGCCACUCCCCUCCUCCCAGCAGCAGGUGGCGCCACAGGCUCAGUCCACUGUUGUCGUGGAUCUUCCGGGUGGCGUGGCAGAGUUAGACAGCGACAUGGCCGACAUCACUCAGAGCUUCCCGACAGAGAGCAUGCUGGGAGGAGAGGAAGACAGCGACCAGCUGUUAGCGGGGGAGAUGGAUGUGGCGAGCGGGAAGCUCGGAGGUUUGACCUAUGCGGAGCUCAACGGCGUGUCUGCGUCCAGCCACAUGGCUUCCUCGCUGGGGAUCAACCCGCACACGCUCCAGAUCAUGAAGGCGUCUCUGUUUGCGGAGGAUGAAGAGGAGAGCGACAUGUUCCAGAGUCAGGGAGCGAUGAAAAUCUCUACGGACGUCUCGUCUCCUCGCCUCGUCCUGCCGGGAUCUCAGGGCCGACCCUCCGUGGGAGGUCUCCUUCAGACUCGUUUUACCUCCGGCCUCUUCUCUCAGAUGUCAGACUCUCCCCGUCCUCCUCUUCUUCCUCCUUCUCUGUCCCGGGGGUCUCCAGCAGCCGCCGAACAGUCCCGGUCCUUACACUGGGCCGGACCGGCUCCCUCAUCCUUCAUGCUGCCCUCCCGAACUCCAGAGCCUUCCGUCAGGACAGUUGGCGCCCGGCGGCUGGGUGGCCCCGUCCCCCUCAAAGAGUCGGUCACUCAGGGGAAGGGGAGUUUGUUGAUGGACGCCGCACUGUUUGCGGGUCGUUCCUUUCGGGUUGGGUGGGGUCCCGGCUGGACGCUGGCACACUGCGGCCACCGGCUGAGCUCACCACCGACCAAACAGCUCGACCGCCAAGAACUGACCAAAACUGACUACAGCUUCCUGCCAAAACCUGCCAGGAAACCGCUGAUAGAAAGCCCCUAUAAGGUUGUGUUGGAGCAGCUGGUGGGUCUGGGGCCUCCAGCUGUGAAGAGCCGAGUGGAGGAAGAGGAGGAAGAGGAGAGCCAGGCGGUGCUGCAGCGCCCCCUGGAGAUCUGUCUGAAGCACAGCAUCGUCGACACCACAGACGCCUCCGCCUGCCCUCUGGUGCGGCCGCAGCCUGGUGUGGCGGCGCUGCACGAGUACGCCGAGUGGAUCGUCGAACUGGGCGACAAGCAGCAAGACACCGACCCCCUCCUGGGUUACUGGGCCGAGGUCUGGACCUUGUGCGAGGCCUUGUGGGGCCGGCUGGGCCCCGCAGAUCAGGAGCCAGACGUGGAGAUGCCCAGCGAGUACGAGCAGCAGCUGGAGAGGAGGCGAACCUUCUCGGCCUGGCUGUCCCGCGGAGCCACCUGCAGGGUUGAGGAGGAGGUGGCGUUGGCGGGGAAGGGUCGGCACACUGAGGCCAUCUUCAGCUACCUGACGGGCAACCGCAUCAGUGAGGCGUGUCGACUGGCUCAGAAAGAAGGAGACCACCGGCUGUCCCUGCUGCUGUCUCAGGCCAUGGGCUCUCAGUACUGCCGGGACCUGCUGGCCCUUCAGGUUGCCGACUGGAACCGCAUGCAGACCGACAGCUACCUGCCCGAGGAACGGCUGCGCAUCUUCACGCUGCUCGCCGGGAAACCUGUGUGGCAGUCGUCUGACUCUGUCGUGAACGUGUGCUCUGAGUUGGACUGGAAGCGCUGUGUUGCUGUCCACCUCUGGUUCAUGUUGCCUCCGACCGCCUCCGUGGCGGACGCCCUCGCCAGAUAUGAAGCCGCCUUCCAGGGCUCGUGUGAGGCGGGAAAGUACGCCUGUGCCCCCCUGCCUCCGUACCUGGAGGCGGUGCAGCCGGAUAUGGACGAUGAAGAGGAGGAGGAGUCUAAACGGCCUCUGCACGACCUCUGCUUCCACCUGCUCAAACUCUACAGUGACAGACACUACAGCCUGCAGCAGCUGUUGGACCCCCUGACGGUCACCUGGGAGCGUCUGGAUUACCGUCUGAGCUGGCACCUGUGGGGCGUCCUGCAGGCGCUGCACUACAGCCACCUGAGCGCCUCGCGGCAGGGACUCCUCCACGCUAGCUACGCCGCUCAGCUGGAGAGCGCCGGCCUCUGGGACAUGGCCGUCUUCAUCCUGCUGCACAUCCCCGACCACACUCAGCGGGAGCGAGCGGUGAGGGAGAUGCUGACCCUCCACUGCCCUCUGCAGGAGACGGACGAGUCGGUCCGAAGGGAGCGCUUCCUGACCGAGAAGCUGCUGAUCCCAGAGCAGUGGAUCCACGAGGCCAAAGCCACCCGAGCUCGCCGCGACAGCGACCGACACCAAGAGGCUCUGCACCUGUACCGGGCCGGAUACUGGAGCCAGUGUCACCGGCUGCUCAUCCAACACCUGGCCUCAGACUGCAUCAUCAACGACAACCACGACUACCUGUUGGAGUUCCUGGAGGGGCUGGCGGUGCCUGAACAUAGCGCCACCAUCCAGGACUGGGACACUGCCGGGAGGGUUUACCUGGACUACAUCCGGGUAGUAAAGACUCUGCAGGACAUCCAGCAGAUGGAAAACGCUGGUUACGAGUUGGAGCGUCUCUACACCGACGUGACGUCUCUGUGCAGCAGAAUCGAGCUCCUGCCCUGCCGCACCGCCAGAGACCGCCUCGCCCAAUCAGAAAUGGCGAAGCGUGUGGCGAACAUCCUGCGGGUUGUGCUGAGUCUGCAGCAGGGCGACGCAGCCUCCGACUCCCUCAGCAUCCCGCUCACCCAGCUGGCGCCGCACAUCACCCGCCUGCCGAUGCCGGAGGACUACGCGCUGGAGGAGCUGCGAGGCCUCACGCAGUCAUACCUGCGACAGCUCAUCGUCAGCCAAUGAGGGCACAGAACAGAAAGCAGGAAAGCGCAGACAUGUUCACAUCAGAUGAAUAAAAAAGGUGUUGAAAUUUCAGACGCUCAAACAUCAUGAAAUUCCGAUGCAGAACGGGUUUUUUUUUUUUUUUGGAAAGA